AUGUUUAUUAUGCGCCCACCGCAGUGGCAUCGACCUACGGAGCACUGGAAUGCCCACAGCGAUAGGCUACAACUGCACGAGGUGUACGUGUACGGUGUAGGACCUGCGAGUUUGGUCAGUCAAGUCGCGUACGGUACGAUGGAGGAAGAAGCAACGCCGGAUAUUAUCGUUGGCGGUGGCAAGCCCAUGAGUGGUCCGACUGUGGAACACGGACGGGAACUCUGCUUCUACGACGGUGCGCAAUACCACGCUAUCUUGGUAGAGUGGGCUCGCCGGGGCAUUGCCUACCCUGGAAGCAGUGAUCGCGAACCAGAAGAAGCCAAAAGUCAAUAUGAGGGGCGACGUCAAGUUCGCUCUCCAUGGUAA